AUGACGACGAUUGUUCCCACUUCCGAAGAAGACCCGUUUCUCGCUGUUGUCCGAUUCACUUCCCAGCUCGCCUGGGCCGAUGCUGGUCCCGAGGCUGCUGAGCCAGAAAUCACUAGGCUCUGUAGGGAGGCUGAGGAGUUGAUAGUACAAGGAAAGUGGCUGGAAUUAGCUACGUUAAUGGCAACUUCAGCUGAAUUGGUAUCUUCCAAGAUACCUGAGAAAGAUCUUGAGUGUAGCUACACCAUCAUUUGCAGCCUUGUCAAGAAUGCGAAUAACCCUGAGGAUGUUCUUGAGAUGGUGAAAGCAAUAUCUUCCAAGGUUGUUCAACAACCGAAUGACAAAGCUUCACUUCGUUUGAAGAUCCUUUUCAAUCUCUAUAACCUUCUGGACCACCCAUAUGCUCGUUUCCAAGUCUACAUGAAAGCUCUAACCCUGGCUGUUGAUGGGAAGGUUACUGAGUACAUAACUCCUUCUUUCAAGAAGAUCGAUAACUUCUUGAAAGAGUGGAACAUUGACAUUAAAGAUCAGAGGGAACUCUUUCUUGCCAUUGCUAAUGUGCUGAAAGAUAACAACAGCUUGGUGAAAGAAUCCCUCACGUUCCUGACAAAGUAUCUAGCGACUUUCUCUAAUGAGGAUGCUCAGCUCCUGGAUGAAGCUAAGGAGGAGGCUGUCCGUGCAGUUAUCGAAUUUGUCAAGGCUUCAAGCAUCUUCCAGUGUGAUCUAUUGGACUUGCCAGCCGUGUCACAAUUGGAGAAGGAUGCUAAAUACGCACAAGUUUACCAGCUACUGAAGAUCUUUCUUACUCAGAGACUCAAUGCUUACACUGAAUUCCAAAGUGCCAAUUCGGGAUUUCUGGAUACAUAUGGACUUGUUCAUGAAGAUUGUGUAACGAAGAUGAGACUGUUGUCACUAGUGGACUUGGCCUCAGAUGAAUCUGGCAAAAUAACUUAUAACUCAAUCAAAGACACUCUGCAGGUAAACGCAGAGGAGGUUGAGUUAUGGAUUGUGAGGGCAAUCACUGCGAAGCUGAUUGAUUGUAAGAUGGAUCAGAUGAACCAAGUUGUAAUUGUCAGCCGCUGUUCCGAGCGUGAAUUCGGGUCAAAGCAAUGGCAAUCACUUCGAACAAAGCUUGCGACUUGGCGGGAUAAUAUUACAAACAUCAUAAGUACAAUCGAAUCGAACAAGGUAACAGAGGAAGGUUCUCAAGCAUCAUCAUCAUCUGCUGCAGCAAUUCAAGGAUUAACUGUUCGUUGA